AUGGGGUCUGAUCCGCAAUACAUCAAAUACCCCGACCUUGCCCUCGCCCAACAUGUCUUCAACCUCUCCAACCCUUCAUGCACUCCAUCCAUCCAGCAGACUUCAUUGAAGAAACUGCAAGAUGCGAUCACCGAGUACAAGAUGGCGCCAUUCUACCGACACCUGGCCCACCCCGUCGAAGGUAUUCUGAACAACUCCGGUGAAGGUGUACCGCAGCACCCGCACAACGCAGGGACCUCCAAGCCACUCCUCUCUUCCAACAUGCUCGCCUCGCGCAAGUCGCCGCAAACAAUCGACUUUCCGUGGAAUGAGGAGCUCUACCAGUCUUUAGUCGAGGAUAACAAGAAUGAGCUGGCAACCUUCCAGAAGGAGGAGGACGACGCAGAAGAGGCCGCCGGUGAGACCGAGGUCCAGGCCGCACGGGGGAAACGGGCUGAAUUUUGGGCCCGAGUCGGUGACAAGGACAAAGCUAUCGAGUCCCACGAAACCCUCCUCGAAAAGACCGGAUUCCUGGGCACCAAGAUCGAUCUGGUGCUCGCGAUGAUUCGAAUUGGCCUCUUUUUCGGUGAUCUUGUGUUUGUCAAGAAGACUAUCGAGCGAGCGGAGACCCUGGUUGAGAGCGGCGGCGACUGGGACCGGAGGAAUCGUCUCAAGGCAUACAAGGGAUUGCAUCUGCUGACGAUCCGCUCUUACAGCCUUGCGGCGCCUCUUCUCCUGGACAGUCUGUCUACAUUCACGAGCUACGAACUGUGCAGCUACUCUUCGUUGGUGAUCUACUCGGUGCUGGCGGGAUCGUUGUCCCUCAAGCGCGUGGACUUUAAGGCCAAGGUGGUGGAUGCGCCGGAGAUCAGAGCGAUCCUUGGUGCCGGAGAGGACCAGCUGGCUGCGCUCAGUGGGGAGACCUCGGCUGGUCCUGGUGCGCGGGACGAAGAGAUGAAGGACGCAACGGCAUCCAAGUCCACACCCGGCGGUGCCACCACUGCGAUUAACCUGACUACACUGGCAACCGGCUCGACUUCGCAAGCGGAGAGCGAAGCCCCCGUGGAUUUCUCCCCGCUGGCCAACCUGGUGAACAGCUUGUACAACGGCAAUUAUCGCUCGUUCUUCGUGGGGCUGGCGGCCGUGGAGGACCACUUCUUGACGCAAGACCGAUACCUGCACGAGCACCGAGCAUGGUUUGUUCGGGAGAUGCGUCUCCGGGCCUACCAGCAGCUGCUGCAGAGCUACCGGGUUGUGGGCUUGGGUAGUAUGGCCAAUGACUUUGGAGUUACGGUGGACUACCUCGACCGGGACCUUGCUAGGUUCAUCUCCAGCAACCGCAUUGCCUGCACCAUCGACCGGGUCAACGGUAUUAUUGAGACGAAUCGCCCCGACGACAAGAACAAGCAAUAUGCAGACGUGGUCAAGCAUGGAGACUCGCUGAUCACGAAGAUCCAAAAGUACGGCCAAGCCGUACGCCUGCGUGGGAGUGAGCGGAGUUAA